CUCACUUGUAAUUGGUCCAUCUGGUCUCAGCCAAUCACGGCCGCGUUUACUUGCCUAUCCGGCAGUAUCAACAUGGCAGCUUUCUGAGUUCAGGAGGGGAUCUGGCGUAAAUAAAGACCGAUUAAACACUUCAGAGACAGCGACAGCGUUCGGGUUUCGAAGUUGGGGACUUUCUGGAGUGUGGGGGGGAAGAUGUCGAGUGACGGAAAUAAAAAACAGUUCUGGAAAAGAAACGCAGAGAAGCUUCCUGGCAGCAUCCAGCAUGUGUACGGGGCGCAGCAUCCACCCUUCGACCCACGACUCCAUGCAAACCUCAUGAAAGUGGGCUCCAGGCCCCCUCCGGCCACACCAGGCAAGCCCAAAAAGGCCACCACCUUCCAGGAGUUUGAGAGCAUCACCAGCGACGCCUGGGAUGUCAAAGACGACGACGAUGAGCUGCUGGCCAUGGCCGCACAGAACCUAAACAUUGAAGUUGUCAUGGAGACGGCAAAUAAGGUGAUUGAGAAUCACAGCAAACAGCAGGAGAGGCAGAGGCAAGACGACACGGGAGAGCUGGAUCAAAGAGAAGAGGAGGAGGACGACGAGGAGGCAGAAGAGGAGGAGGACGAGGGACCAGAGGUGUGCAGGGUGGACCUCGGAGAUGCCAUCAGCCCCGACGCGUCAUUUGGCUCCCAGAGCAGCCCCGACACAGAGGGCCGCCUCGUCAAGUCCCACAGUGAAGCUCCCAUUGGGUCACCGAGAGAUGCAGCAAGUGAGCAUGCGGCCCUCCACAGACAGCGGUCUCUGCCCCACCGGCCCCCCAUCAUCCCGCUGGUGGCUCGCAUGGCUGAUCAGAACACAUCUGGCACCCUGGCCAUGACCGAGAGGGAGGCGUCCCGUCUGGACAAGUUCAAGCAGCUGCUGGCAGGGCCCAACACAGAUCUGGAUGAACUUCGGAAACUAAGCUGGUCGGGAAUUCCACGACAGGUUCGCCCGAUAACCUGGAAGCUUCUGUCUGGUUACCUGCCAGCCAAUGCAGAGAGGCGGGAAAGUGUUCUACAGAGGAAAAGACAGGAGUACUUUGGCUUCAUUGAACAGUACUAUGACUCCCGUAACGACGAACACCAUCAGGACACAUACAGACAGAUCCACAUAGACAUUCCUAGGAUGCAUCCUGAAUCUUUGGUGCUGCAGCCAAAGGUGACAGAGAUUCACAUUGACAUACCGAGAACUAAUCCUCUUAUUCCUCUCUUUCAACAAGCUUCUGUACAAGAGAUUUUUGAGAGAAUCCUUUUCAUCUGGGCCAUACGCCAUCCAGCCAGCGGCUAUGUGCAAGGCAUCAACGACCUGGUCACGCCGUUUUUUGUGGUGUUUCUCUUUGAGUACAUUGAGGAGGAAGUGGAAAACUUUGACGUGUCGAGCCUCCAGGAAGAGGCUCUGAGGAACAUUGAGGCUGACAGCUUCUGGUGCAUGAGCAAACUGCUGGACGGCAUCCAGGACAAUUAUACGUUUGCUCAGCCGGGCAUUCAGAGGAAAGUCAAGGCCCUGGAGGAACUGGUCAGCAGGAUUGAUGAGUCUGUGCACUGCCACAUGCAGCAGUAUGAGGUGGAGUACCUGCAGUUUGCCUUUCGUUGGAUGAACAACCUCCUGAUGAGGGAGCUGCCGCUACGCUGCACCAUCAGGCUGUGGGACACCUAUCAGGCGGAACCAGAGGGCUUUUCCCACUUCCACCUGUACGUGUGUGCUGCCUUCCUGGUGAAGUGGAGGAAAGAGAUCCUGGAGGAGAGGGAUUUUCAGGUAAUCCGGACUCAACAAACAUCCCCCAAACUCGACACUAGCUCUAGUGAACUCAAUAGCACAUGUUCACUUGCAGAAUUUUUCGGCAGAUCUACAAAAAGUGUUGAAAAAAAAAACUGUAGAACACCUCAGACAGUUCAGGUCUGAUAAGUAGCUUCAAAA